ACUUUUACUGCGAGGUGUCUCCCGGGGCAAAAGUGUCUACAACAAUAAUUACCUGUCAGCCUGUUGAAUGUGCUUUACUGCGCUUUUUGUGUUACUCUGAUUCAUCAGAAACAUUAGGGCGAUUUUCAUGGUUUAAAUAUUUAGCAAAACCAGGAAGAAAACACCACGUGGUCCGCAAUGUUAAAAUUUAGCUUCAGGAGGGAUAGAGAAAAGGAUUUUAAACAUAUAAGUCAUGGCUUAAUCCCAGCCGCCUCCAUAGCCCCCAAACCUGCAGUGCCUCGAACCCCUCCCCCACGCAGCCCUGACCCCUCACCUGAGAGACCCAGGUCUGCGUUGGCAGCAGCUAUCCUGUCUUCUUCGCUCACUGGGCAGACAUGGGCACUCCCUCCCAUACGGCCAAGGUUUUUUACAGAAAGCGAUCCAUCAGAUUCUGUUAAUUAUGAACCAAACAGCGCAGAACAAUUUCAACGAGAAAGAUGGUCAGAAGAUGUGCCUAGUUCAGAGCACUCUGAAGGAGAGCUGGAUGACCAAGAUGGCUUAAAGGAGAUGAAUGAAAUUGAAGAACACAUCUACCAAACUUUGGACACUGGGGGGCAACGUGAAAUCGUUGAACCAGUGUAUGCAUUUCCUAUCAAAGACAAGGCAGCUGCACAGCAACUGACUGAAACAUCUGGUGAAGCCCCUGCUUUUGAUUGUAAAGAAGAACCUAAUGUGCAGUCCCCUAAAAGCAGUCAUAAGUCCUUUAAGAAGAGCUCCUCGAAGAAGAACAAUGUGGGAUCAGAUCAACUAGGUCAAACUUCUGACAGUCUUUCCCAACCCAGUGAAGACCUUCUCUCCAGACAUUCCACACAUGUUUCCACAGUUAUAAGUAAGCCCCACAUGGAAGGACAAACAAAUGUAGAUGAGAAGCAUCAAAUAGACCAGACACGGCAACCAGAAAGAUCCCCACCAGAAAUAAUUCAUCAUCAAAGCUCUUUAAAUCCUUGGGACAGAAGACAGGAUUUAAACUGCCAACCUGAGCUGCAAAAUUUAAGAAAGCAUGCUCAGGAGCUGGUGGAUGAGAAUGAUACCCUCAAGAUGACAGUGCAUCGCCUCAACGUGGAGCUAAGCCGCUAUCAAGUUCGCUUCAGGCCCCUUUCCAAAGAGGAGAGUGCCAAAAUCAGUGGACUGCCAAUGACAGAGUCACCACCUCCAUGGCUGCUCGACAUGAAGUAUUUAUCUCCAUUAUUACUUGCUUAUGAGGACAGAAUGAAUGAAAAGGAUGCACUUCUGAAAACCACAGAGGAGGAAAUGAAAAGAUUACGAAUCCAUGUUGAGGAGGUGAUCAAAGAAAAUGAGAAACUGCAUGAUGAUAUUGCAAAGAUUGGAGGAGUUACACAGACAGACUGGCAACAGCUCCAAGAACAAGCUUUCCUUGUUUUGCAAGAGAACCAAGUACUGAUUGAGCAGCUAGAGGCGGAAAAUGUUAAAAAUAAAGAAUCCCAGAGCAAACAUCAUUCCAAAGUUUCCAAGUUGGCCAAGCAAUUGAUGUUUUGCGAAGCAGAAAAACAACGUUUGGAGGACGAAUUGGAAGCCAGCAAGGGAGAGGCCCAGAAAAAUAAGAGGAAUGCACAAGCUCUGCAGGAUCGCCUGAAAGAUUCUGUCACAUGGAACGAACAUUGCAACAUUACCGGAAAACUCCGAUGGCAACUGGAGCAGCAGGAUAACAAGAAUAAGAGUAACAUAGAGGAACUCCUCCUUAAAAUUUCCCAUCUGGAAGAGCAGAACAGGAACCUGAAUUUGGACAAGGAAAACCUGUCCGCUGCCAUCAAGAGACUACAGAUGGAGCUGGAGAUGUCCAAACAAGCUUAUAGGAAGGCUGAGGGGAGGUUGAGUUUGUUGAAGCACCAGAAGGCUGAAUCCGUACUGAAAGAGGAAAAUACUCGACAUUACCUCGGAGCUGUCGUCUCGGUGGCAGAGCACAUUUCCCUGGAGAGAGACCAACUGUUGCACAUGGCAUCAGUUCUUGAGCAGGAAAAGCAAGGAUUUAUCUGCAAUCUUUUGAAUGGCACUGUUCGCCUCGGAAAGCUACAAGAGCAGGUCAAGGUGUACCGCAGGCAAGCGUCGAGCAGGCUGGCCGUGCUGGAGAGGGCUGCCGAGGGGAGUGUGGCUUCUCACCGGAGGGAGAUCCUUCACCUGCAGAGGCUGCUGGGAGAAAGACAAGAGGCAGAGGAGAGGCUGCUGCAGUCCAAGCGGGUAGUUGAGGAGGAAUUGGAGGUAGUGUGGCAGGCAGCCACCAGAGACAACCAGCAAAUAAGGGAGCUCCCUGCCAGUUCAAGGCUCACCUUUGGACAUAAAUGGACUUCAGGGGCCACAGAUGGGACUAUUACAUCCAGUCAACGGCAACUUACAUGACCUUCACCAUGCUUUUCUCCAUGCAGAAAAGGCUUCAGACUUCACUGUGGCUAAACCAUGUCGUCUAUGUUACUACUUUUCACUUUUAUUAGUCUGUGUAAAUAUUGUGCUAUAUUUUUAUGCUUUGGAUAGUUUAAUCUGCAUCAUCUGUAAUCAUUAUGCUGGAUACCCAGGAACAAAUUGUUUACAUAGGUUUAUUACUUUUCAUGUUGGCAUUACUAGUGCUCCACUGAAGAACAUUUGUAUUUUGAGCUCAGGGUUUAGUCACAUCAUCACCUGAGCUCUGUCAUUGCUUAUUAGGAUGGGCUUUGUUGCCCUCUGCUGGACAUGUAAAGCUAUGCUACCACAACAGUUCCUGUACUUCUGACACACUUGAUAUUAUUUAAUGUAUUUAAAAUACCCAUAAAGAGUAAACAGCGCAGUCUCUGUCAAACUCUUGCUUUAGUUGCAUCUGUGUUGGGUAUGACUUUUCAGGUCUAAAUUCUUCAUGCAAAUGAAAAACACCACAACAGCAGGAGUUUGGCUCCCACAAGUUAAUAAAAAACAGGGCUGCCAAAAGAAAUCCCAUUACUGUUAAAGCAAGUGCUAAAUUGCAAUUGGACACAGCUGAUAAAAUAGAUUGACUUGCUGGAGAUAUUAAAUUAAAUUCAGUCUGUUUGCUUUCUCAUUGUCUCUAACAUUGUUAUCUGCAUAUAUAACUUAUUUAUAAAGGGCAAAAUCUUUCUAGUUAAAAAAUAACAGAACAUAAAUGUCUUUUAAAGUUAGUGCAACACAUGGAUAGAAAUGACUUUAUUUAAACAGUCUGGCCAGUUGUUGGGGGCUUUCAUCACUGAGGCUGAUACUUUCUUGUCCUUUCAUGCCAUGUGCAACAAAACAUUAAAAUAAACUUAAACUU